GCAAGAAAAAUCCAUUUGGGGUCAGCAGCGAACGACGCAAUUGCGAUGACCUUCCCGCACGUGAACACGACCGACGGCCCCGUCGCGCUCCCGAUGGAGCACAAGACCAAGGAACAUCGCUUUGAGCCGUAUGAUUUCAAUGGAGGAACUGUGCUUGCAGUGGCGGGCAAGGACUUUGUCGUCGUGGCCGGGGACACUCGCCUGAGCACGGGCUACUCGAUCUUGUCCCGCGACGAGUCCAAGAUCCACGAAGUGGCCCCGAACGUGCUGCUCGCGAGCCCGGGAAGUUUCAACGACGUUGUUCAACUGCGCGGCGUGCUUGGCAUUCGUUCGCAAAUGUACCAACACGACAACGAACAACCGCCGACGAUUGAAGCCAUGGCCCAGUUGCUCAUGAACACGUUGUACCAACGCCGCUUUUUCCCGUACUACUCGUUUUGCCUUUUGUGCGGCAUCACAAAGGACGGGAAGGGCGCCGUGUAUGAAUACGACGCGGUGGGUUCGCACAAGAACACGUCGCGCGGUGCACAAGGCAGCGGCGGGCACCUCAUGAUGCCGCUCUUGGACAACUUGGUGACCCACGAGAGCCGAAGCGACCCACUGGUAGACCUGACCAUCGACCAAACCAAAUCGAUCAUCAAGGACGCGUUUAUCACAGCGGGGGAGCGCGACAUUUACACGGGCGACAAGGUCGAAAUCUUUGUGAUCACAUCGCAAGGCACGACCAAGGAAGUGUUUUUGUUGAAGCAAGAUUAGGCCGAGCUAACCAACACGACUCUUGUGCUUGCCAUACGACC